AUGUGGCACCGCCGGCGCCCCAGCCUCCGCGCCUCACCCCCGGUCCGCCGCGGCCCGUGCUCGGCCCUCCCCGGCCCGGGACGCCGCCGCUGCCAUCAAGCCGUGCCCCGCGCCCGCGCCACCGGAUCCUGCGCCGCCGUCCCAUCCUCCGGCCACCGCCGCCGCCAGCGCCUCUUGCUCGCGCGCCCCGGGUGCCCCGCGCCGCCGGAGCCCUUUGGGCUCGCCGGAGCACGCCGGACCGCGCCUCCUCCCAUGCCCUACGCCCCGCGUCGCCCUCCGCCGCCUCGUCACCGGUGCCGCCCCGCCGCCUUCGUCGGCCCCGCGCCGGAGCCGCUGUCCGCGCCUUGCCGCCGACCUCCUCCGGCGACCUCGCCGCCGGCGGCGUUCGCCCCGUCCCAGAUCCGGCCGGGUGGGAUGAGAUCAACCCGGUCCCGAACCAAACAGGCGCCCCACGCCCGGAUCUCCUCGUCCCGCUUCGUCCAGUCCAGUUUUCGGAGUGACCUGACGACGCCCAUCCCAGAAGACGCCGACGCCGAGAUGCUGGAAGCACGCCACGUCCAGCUCGUCGAGAAUGCCAAGAAGUUGGCCAACAUGAGACGCCUAUCGGAGGCCUACCAGCGCGAGAUGCACCGCGCCGUUGGUGGCACGCCGGCUCCUGGUGGGCCUAGCCGCAUAGGCACGGUCCGGCAACGCAGCGUGGCCAUCGCCAGCCUGUUCGGGGCAGAUCGCCCCGUCUACACCACGCCCGCGGAAAAUAUCCGAGCUGCCCAGGCGGCAGUAGAAGAGCUGGACAACUUCGAGGGCGAAGAGCGCCGCCAGAUGGCGGAGCGCGUCCAGCGACUCCUCGACGCGGCUGCUGAGCAGCAAGAGGCCGGCUGCCACACUGAGGCACCCCAUCGGCAAAAUGACGAUCUGCCUCCCCGCUGA